CUGUCAUUCACUCCUCCUCCUCCACUCCUCCCUCAGCGCCGAGCUCGAAAACGAAACCUAGGCCGGCUUUUAAGCGCAGCGGCAGCUGAAGCCCCAUCAGAACAGCAGAGAGAGAGGAUGUGCUAAACCCCAUCGACCCAGAACAGACCCCGUUACGCAGUCUGUUAGGACAGUUGAUCAGUCUUAACUCUCAGUUUAUCGCGAGCGUACUCGCGUCUAUUCCGUGUAACAUCAUUUCUGUGAUAUCCGUUUCUCCGUAGCUCGACACCCCGGUGAUAAGCUGCGGACUGUUAUUCUCCACGUCGCUGGAACCGCGUCUUCAUCUGGCGUCUUCAUCUCAAGCAGGUCGAGCUUCACUUUAGGCCUCUGCAUUUUAGAGCAGGAAGUGAGACUGCCUCCACAAUUCUUGCAGAAGAAGGCUGUGUUGAAGCAUGGAGAACAGACAAAGAGGAGGUGGCAAUGAACAACCAAGAAGAGAGCCUGGACAAAGAGGGGAACAUGGGAUGCCUAACCAGGAAAGACAGAGAGAUGGUACAGGCAGAAGAGGAGGUGCAGGGGAGGGAGCAGGUAGAGGAAGAGGAGGUGCAGGAGGAGGCGGCAGAGGAAGAGGUGGUGCAGGAGGAGGUGGUGGUAGAGAAAGAGAUGGUGCAGGAGGAGGCGGCAGAGGAAGGGGUGGCGCAGGAGGAGGAGGCGGAGGAAGAGGAGGUGGCAGAGGAAGAGGACAAGGAGGAGGUGGCAGAGAAGAGGCAGGAAGAGACAGAGGCGAGAGGAGAGGAGAAAAUAGAAUAAACCGAAGGCCAGAUAUCCAGAGGGAGAGAAAUGGAGGUGGAGUGGCUCAGAGAGGCAGAGGAGGAAGGGGAGAAGGAGAAGGUCAGAGAGGAAGAGGGGACCAUGGGAGAGGGAACAGUAGAGAUGGUACCCCUGAGGUACGCAAAUUAGGGUACAAAAGAUUGGAGGAGCUGCUGGAGAAAGACGCCUCCGUGGUCGCCAUUACUCUCUCCUCCAGUGCAGAAUUGAAGGCUCUGCUGGACGACAGGACUAUGCGUCAAGACCUAGUACACCUGCUCUGCCAGGUUCUUCGCAAAGCCUUUCAGUCCAAGAAUGACCGCACAAUAUUACUCCAUCUGGUUCAGGUGGUCAAGGAUUCUGCCUUCUUCCAAACCGUGCUCCCACACUACGUGACUGGAAUAAUGAUCGAUUAUUCCAUCCCUGCCCGGAGGGAGCAGUACCCUCUGCACUUGGAUAACAUCAUCUGCCUUUUGGCUGACGUGGUCAGCAUGUUCCCUUAUAGCUCUGUACGUUCAGUGUCAAUGCUGCUGGCUGUCCUGAAGCCAGGGGUCAAUCUGCUGCGAGCCUCUGGCAUAGACAUUUGUGAUACAAUCAACGAGAACCUGGAAAAGAUCCAGGGCAUGGUGGACCACCUCCAAGAGAAAGCAAGAGAAGGCACUUUGAGGUCAGACAACUACACCCUCCUCAUUGGCAAUGAGGAUGCCCCUCCAGAUGGAGAGGACUUCAGGAAUAUGACCAUCUACCCAACUCCUGAAGAAUUCCAACAAGACCAGAAACCUUUUCUGCGACCCAACAUUAUGUCACAAAGCUACCCCAGUGCCUACGCCUACCUGGACACUCAUUUUAGGCUUCUGAGAGAGGACUUUGUAAGGCCAUUACGUGAAGGCAUCCGGGAGCUGCUCCGAAGUCAGCGCGAUGAAACUCUUGGCAAAGUGCCAAUGAGAAAGAGGCGCUUUGAUGACAUCAGGGUCUACUUUGAUACCCGAGUGAUUGUACCACUCUGUACUCCGACUGGCACAGCCUACAUAGUGCAGUUUGAUGCACGCCCCCUUGAGUUUGUGCGCUGGGAGAAUUCCAAACGGCUGCUGUACGGGUCCCUGGUCUGCCUGUCUAUGGACAAUUUUGAAACGUUCCUUUUUGCUACAGUGUCUGACCGCGAUCCUGCUUUGCUAAGAAAGGGCGCAGUCCAGCUUAGCUUCUCUAGAGACAGUCGAGCUGAACUGGCCAGGAUCCCGGCUUCUGAAUCUUUUCUGAUGGUGGAGACGACUGCAUACUUUGAGGCCUACCGUUAUGUCCUGGAGGGGCUUCAGGAGCAAGUAGAGGAGGAUCUUCCCUUUCAGAGGUACAUUGUGGAAUGUAACCAAGAUGUCCUCGCUCCGGCUUACCUUACGCAGUUAAGAACAACGUAUGAUCUGUCUUGUAUUGCUGUGGAAGACCAUAAGGACAAUAUGAAACCCUUUAACCCCCUAAUUCCUAAUGCCUGGCCAACUGAGGAGGACCUGGGCCUGGAUGAGAGCCAGCUCAAAGCUGUUAAACUGGCCCUCACCAAAGAGCUGGCCAUCAUACAGGGCCCACCAGGCACAGGGAAAACAUAUGUGGGGCUGAAGAUUGCACAGGCUUUGCUGAAGAACUCGGAAGUGUGGUCAGAAUCGACCCCGAUGCUGGUGGUCUGCUACACCAACCAUGCUCUAGACCAGUUUCUGGAAGGGAUCCAUGGCUUCUUGAAGAAAGGUAUUGUAAGGGUGGGAGGGCGCAGUAACAGUGAGAUACUGAAGCGUUUCUCUCUGCGGGAGCUGACCAGGUCAUCAAGCUUCCAUAGGGAUCUGCCACCACACCUGAAGAAGGCCUACUCUGAGAUCCAAUCAGAGAUGCGUACUGCGGAGGUUCAGAUUCAGAGGCAGUCAGCUCAGAUGGAGUGCAGUCUGCGCGGAAUCAUUAAUGAACACUUCCUGCAACAGUAUAUAUCUGAUGAGCACUGGUACAGCCUGAAUCUGCUGCCGAUGAUGGAUGAAUUUCCGCAUGUAGGAGAGAAGCUCUCGAUGAUGAAGGAGUGGCUUGGCCUUGGAAAUUCUGUGUUCCAGCAAGCCGAGCAGGCUGAGCAGGCUGCCGCCAAUGGUAAUGCAGGUGCAAAUGAGGAGGGUGUGGCAGCAGAGGAAGAAGAGCUGCUGGAAAUGGAUGAAGAGGCAGCUCUGAUCCAGGCAGAGAGGAUUGUGGUGGACGCGGAGCCUCGGGAACGAAAUGCCCGUGAGCGGAAGAUUGAGCAAGAGGAGAACUUGGCAGAGCUAGCCGAGAUCAUGCUGGCAAUGAACCUGGACCAGAUUGAGGAGCAGCCUCCGCAGGAGCAGCAACAGGGACAGGGACAAGCUGCUGAUGAGGAGUGGAAGGUGCAGCCCCACCAGAAGAAGAAGAUAAAGCAGAUGAUUCAGAAAGAGCUAAGGAAGAGUUCAACCAUGAGUGAGGAAGAGGAGGAGCAAGUGACGAAUGUGUGGCAGCUUACUCUAAAAAACAGAUGGAAACUUUAUCGUCUCUGGGUCCUCCGGUAUAGGAUUGACCUUCGCACAAAAUCUCUUGAGGCUGAACAAGUCUAUCAGGAGGCUGCCGAGCGCCUCUCGGAAAUCCGCCGCAAUGAGGAUCUGUGCGUGCUUAGGCGAGCCAAAGUCAUCGGCAUGACCACCACGGGGGCAGCCAAAUACCGUCAGGCCCUGCAGGCUCUCCAGCCCAGGCUGGUGGUUGUGGAGGAGGCAGCUGAAGUGCUAGAGGCCCACACCAUUACCACGCUAAGCCAAGACUGUCAGCACCUUAUUCUGAUUGGAGAUCAUCAACAGCUGAGACCAAGUGCCACAGUCUAUGAACUAGCCAAGAAUUUCAACCUGGAGGUCUCCAUGUUUGAGAGGCUUGUUACGAUGGACUUUCCCUUUGUCAGACUUAAUUACCAGCAUCGUAUGAGGCCAGAUAUUGCUCGUCUUUUGACUCCCCAUAUCUACUCAGAACUGGAGAACCACUCUUCUGUACUUGAAUAUGAGAACAUCAAGGGGAUUUCUACAAACCUCUUCUUCAUGGACCACAAGCACCUCGAGGAGGAAAUAAAAGAUGGACGAAGUCAUCAGAAUCUUCACGAGGCACAUUUUGUGGUGGCUCUGUGCCGCUACUUGUUAUGUCAGGAGUACCAGCCCUCUCAGAUCACCAUCCUUACCACCUACACUGGACAGCUUUACUGCUUACGUAAGCUUAUGCCCUCCAAAGAGUUUACAGGAGUCAAGGUUCAUGUUGUUGACAAGUACCAAGGCGAGGAGAAUGAUAUUGUCAUAUUGUCAUUGGUGCGCAGCAACUUGGUGGGCAAGGUUGGAUUCCUUCAGAUACCAAAUCGUGUUUGUGUAGCACUUUCUCGUGCCAAGAAGGGACUGUAUUGUCUUGGGAACAUGGAACUGUUUAGCAAGGUGAAGUUGUGGAGCAACAUACUUCACACUCUGAGGGAGAAAGGUCAGGUGGGUCGUGCAUUAACAUUGAGCUGUCAGAACCACCCAGAAACACGGACCUUGGUGUCUCAUGCUAAAGACUUUGCAAUGGUCCCAGAAGGUGGUUGCAACAAGCCUUGUGAAUACCGCCUGGACUGUGGCCACGUGUGCAUCCGCAUGUGCCACCCUUAUGAUGCUGACCACAAGAAGUACAAAUGCAUUAAGGACUGCCCUAAAGUGCUGUGUGAACUUGGGCACAAAUGCCCUCGUCGAUGCCAUCAGAAGUGUGGUGAUUGCAUGGUACGUGUGGAAAAGGUGAUUCCAAAAUGCCAGCACAAGCAAAUGAUUCCCUGCCAUCAAAGUCCUGAGUCAUUUAUCUGCAAAGUGCCUUGUCAGAAGACACUGAGCUGUGGACAUCUAUGCCAGGCAAGUUGUGGAGAGCCGUGCAGUGCCUUUUGCCUGGUACCAGUUCUCAUGAAGUUAAAAUGUGGACACACCCAGGAGGAAGCAUGUAGCACAUCCAAGGACCCCACGAAACAGCCACCCUGCAGGACCAAAUGCAACAUAGUCCUAAAAUGUGGGCAUCCCUGCUCUGGAACUUGCCACACAUGCCGCCAAGGACGCCUUCACAAAGCAUGUACAUAUCAGUGCAAGAGCAUUCUUCCCUGCUCACAUGAGUGCAGAGUGCCCUGCACAAGAGGCUGUCCACCAUGUACACGUCCUUGUGAGAACCGCUGUAUUCACAGUGUGUGCAAGAAGAAAUGCGGACAGCCUUGUGUCCCUUGUGUUGAACCCUGUGAGUGGCGAUGUCCCCACCAGAGCUGUACUAAGCUCUGCCAUGAACCAUGUGAUCGCCCACCAUGUUCAGAGAAAUGCAACAAAGUCUUGCCCUGUGGGCAUCCCUGCAUAGGGCUUUGUGGAGACCCUUGCCCUAAGAAAUGCCGCAUAUGUAAUCAUGAUGAAGUGACCGAAAUCUUUUUUGGCAGUGAAGAUGAGCCAGAUGCUUGCUUUAUCCAACUAGAAGACUGUGGACACAUCAUUGAAUCCACUGCCAUGGACCAUUACAUGGGUAUGGACAAGGAUGAAGAAGCUGAUCUUGAUCAGCGGGCAAUCCGACUGAAGGAGUGUCCCAAGUGUCGCAAGCCUAUACGCAGGAAUGUGCGCUAUGGUGCUCAUGUCAACCGCAGUCAGGCAGAGAUUGACAGGGUAAAGGUGAAGAUCAUUGGCUUGCAGUCUGACAUUACGCAAAAGCAGAAGGAUCUCAAGUUGUUUUUGGAGAGGAAGGUCAACUUUAUGCAAUACCUUCCAGCAGAAUAUGCAAGGGUCAAUGAGAAUCUUCAGAAGUCUGAUCUGUCUCUUCUAGACCUCUGGCACCAGGAGAACUUGAUAUCCUUCCUUGAGCGUCUUGGAAAGCUGAUAAAGAUGCAAAAAGAUUACAUGUCUUUUGAGAAGGGUCAAUUGUUCUCAUUGCGUGUUGGUGAAUGCCUCAAAUUUCUGCUUGACUCUACUCAGAGAUUCUCAGAGCAGCAGGUUGGAGAUCUAGAAAGUGAAAUGAAGAGGCUCGCUCACCUGGCAGAACUCAAUAUCCGCUGCAACAAGGCUGGAUACACAGUAACUGUGAUGUUGGUCAAAGUUAAUGCAAAGGUGAGACAGGCACGAGAGAUCCUGGAGGACAAUCGACCAUUCACAGAGGAAAAUGACCUUGAAGUGAAGAGGAUUUUUAAAGAGCUGGAUGCUUAUCUACCUUGUACUGGCCUGGGCAUCAGUGAUGAAGAGAGAGUGAUGAUAGUCAAAGCCAUAGGGCUGACACCUGGCCACUGGUUUAAAUGCCCCAAUGGCCAUGUAUAUGCCAUCGGAGAAUGUGGUGGUGCCAUGCAAAGCGGCCGGUGCCCCGAAUGCAAGGCAACAAUCGGUGGAGCCAACCAUACUCUCACUGCAGAUAAUGCUCUGGCAACAGAGAUGGAUGGGGCACAACAUGCUGCCUGGUCAGAAGCUGUCAAUUUGCAGAAUUUUGACCCCAUGGACUUUUAAAGGGCUGAUAUGCUAUUUUGUUUUGUAAAGCACAUGUUUGUGGGAUUUUAUGAACAAAAAACAGUUGUAGUUUCUUUUACAUGAUGCUCUUUAUCUGGCCUUUUGUUACUGAGCCAUUAAGACUAGUGUAUAUAUAAAUGAGCUCUGCUCUGAUUAGCUGUCCUUUAUUGUGCCCCAUUCAGAAAGCAGUGCCUCAUUCAGAAACACUCCUUGUAACAUCAAUGUGGAUUGGGGGGCUAAAGAACUGUAGACUAAAAAGGCAGGUACAUGUAAGUGUGUUGGUUUUUGUGACAUCAGAAAAACAACUUUCCACAGACUGUACGGACUCAGGAGUGAAUGGUACGUUUUGAAACUGUAACAACAUUUCCGUACUAUAUCAAACACUUAUGUAAAAAGUGAGGCACAUUCAGGUUUCCAUGAUAUGGGCCCUUUAACUUCAUAUACUGUCUCAUUUCUGUUAAUGUUUUAUCCAAGUAAACAAGAAUUACAUACAGAAGACAUAAGACACACUGUAUUAGAAUAGGUUGCUGCUUUUAUGAAUAGUGCUUUUAAUUGCUAAAUACCUUGAAGUGCUAUGUAUCAUCUGGAGAAAUGAAAUUGUUUUUAUUUUUAUUUAACACUGUAUACUCUUAGCAGGCCAUGUGCUUUUUCAAUGUACAUCUCGCAAAUCUCUCUGCAAAUUGAAAAAUGUAGUAUUACAUUCUUUGCCAUGGAAAUGCUCUAACCUUAAAGUAAAUACUGCAUUUUUUUCUAGACCUCACAUGUGCACCUAUUUCAUACCAACAGGGGGCAAGAGUGUACUGAUAAAUGUUAAAGUUGAGGAUGAGAAAUAGGCAAAUAGAACAGCCUAAAUGAAAUAAAAAAUGUAUCACGAGUUA